UUUUAAUAGUCACUAUUAACUAGUUACUGAGUUUUGUAGUCUUGAAUUUUUGUAAAAUCUAUAUUCUUUAUAAUAUAAUCCAUACUUCAACCUUAAUAGGUUAAUAGUUUUCCUUUAAACUAUAAUAUUUGAAUUUUAUAAUUUGUAUGGUUGUAUACAAUAAACACAAAUUUGUAUAACACCAUGGACGGGCGUGAUGGAGAUAGUCAGAACAAUGUAUCUAUAUACUUCCAUUUACAGGUAAAGAAGUGGUUUUCCAUUCAAGUAAGAUUUAAUUAAAAUUGUAUUAUUUUUUUUUUAGAAAUCACCUUCUUGCUAUGUAUGCAAUGGUUAUUAUGGAUCAUGUUUUGAUGAACAUAUUUGUCAAACUUGUCAUUUAUUUCUUUUUUCUGAAGAACUAACUCAUAAUGUUCCAGAUCAUGUUCAGGUGACAAUGGUAUUACAUUAUUUUUUAAUAACAUGCAUAUAUAAAUAAGUAUAUUUAAUAUAAAAAAUAUACAUUGUAGUAAAUAUGAGUGAUUUUUAUUUAAUUAUUAUUAUUAUGUACUAGGUACUUGUAAUUGAACUUAGCCUUUUUAAGUUCUAAAAAAAAAUAACAUUUUAACAAUUUGAUUUUUAUUUUAUAUUUUGAGUUCAAUUAAUUAGAAUUUUGUGCAUUAAUAAUAAAAAUAAAAUUAUUUAUUUAUUUAACUAUAUUAAUGUUAACAAUUUUACAAAUUCAAAUAGUUUUUACAAAUAGUAUUGUUUAUCGAUAAGGAUGAAAUCCUUGUUUCGAUUAAAUUCAAUUUACUUAACAUUUUUAUAUUUUUCAUUUAUUGUUAAUUCAUUUCUUAUAGGUGAUUCAUUACACAUAUAAUAAAAAAAUUACAGUGUAUUUCUUAAAUUUUAUUUGACUAGUGCUUAAUAUUAUUUAUUGAAUCUAUUGCUAAUGAAUGACUCUUAUCUCAUGUAAUUUUAGUCUAUUAUAACUAUUCCGUCAUCACAUACGCUCAUUAUACCUACCAUUAUUUGUUUAUAUACUGUGUUUUUCUUAUGAAAUGUAAAACGAAUAAUGUAAUUCAUUUUAUUUUUAUAAAUAUGGAGGGAGUUGAAGAUGGUGAUAGUGGAAAUGAUGAACCAGCAGAUUCUUUUUACAAUGGCUUUCAAAGACCUGUUCAAGAUGUUCCAUCUGAUGCACCUGGUGAUCAAGCUGGUCCAUCACAAGAUCUAGCACGAAGGCUUCAGUUACUAUCAGAAAUGUCAGUACCACGCCCUCAAUCAUUUGAUGGCGAUACUGAUUAUUUCCAAGAACUUCCUCCUGAAGGUAUUAAUUGCAAUAUUAAAUCUAUAUUAUGGUAUCUAUGCUUUUGGUCAGUCAUGUAGAAAAUUCAUUUUUUUUUUUCUUAAAGUAUAGCAAUUGAUUAUAGUUAUACUACUACUAAAUGAACAAAUCCGGACUAAAUUGUUAUUAGUUAUUACUUUAUUUAUUUAUUUAUUUAUUCGUAUGACAUGCAUAACAUAGUACAACAAUAUUGACGACAGUAUAGAUAAAUUGGAUUAAAGUAAAUAAAAUGAAAAUAAAAAUAAGUAAGAACAAAAUAUAAAUAAAAAUAUGAAUGGAAUAACAAUACGUAAUGGGGAUUUUUCUUCACAAAUCAAUGUCCAAUUUCUCCAACNAACGAGCAUUCUUCGAUUAUGUGUCUCAUUGACUGUACACCUUCUCCGUAAUCACAAUUUGGGUCGUUUUUCAGUUUCCAUUUAUGCAUUAAAUCCUUACAUCUCCCUUGUCUAGUUCUUGUGUGAUUUAGUCUGGUCCAUAUUUUCCUCGAUUGGUUCAUUCCGGCUAUUAGGUUAUGUGGGCUCUCGAGGUGUGCACCUUCCCCAGGUUUUUUUCUUGCCCAUUCUUCUUGCCAUGCAUCUGGUAUGAGUUUUCUUGUGUCGGCAAUAUCGUUGGCUCUCAUCAAAAAAGGCUUCCGUGACUUUAGUCUUGGGUUUUCUAGUCCAUCUUCAUGGAUCGGGAGGUCUGGGUACUUGCUGAUUUUCUCUUUUUCUCUGAGUAUGCAAUUUUGUCUUCGUAAGUGAGGUGGUUCUAUGUUAGCAAGUACUGGGAGCCAUUGGUUAUUGGUACACGUAACGGUGCCAGUAAUUUUGCGCAAUGCCUUUCUAUUAGACUACAAUACUGACUGCCUUCCCAGACGGGUGUGCAAUAUUCUGCAACAGAAUAAGUCAGCGCCAGAGUUGAGGUUCGCAAUACAUGUGUUGAUGAACCCCAUGUUGUGCCGGCCAGUUUAUUGAUAAGUCAAUUUCUUGUCUUGAUUUUUGCUGCCACCUUUUGUAGGUGUGCUUUGACUGUGAGGGCUCGGUCUUAUGUUAUCCCAAGAUAUACUGGUAGCUUGCUAUUACGGAUGGUGUCCCCACAAAAAUGUACUGUUAAUUCUCUAUUGGCCUCUUUAUUAUUAAGAUGGAACACUGUUACUGUUUUUGAAGGGUUUGGUGGGAGUCUCCAUUUUUUGAAAAAAUUUUCGAGUAGAGUAAGGUCAGAAGUAAGUGGGUUCUCAACAUCUUCGAAACGUUUACUUUGUGACACUAUACAUGUAUCAUCAGCGUAUGCGAACUUUUUGGAUGUGGUAUCUGGCAUAUCGUGGACGAACACAUUGAACAAUAUUGGUGCUAAAAUUGAGCCCUGAGGUAAUCCGUUAUUGAGCACGUGUGUUUUGCUUUUUUUUCCUCCUAGGAAAACUUGAAAGUUCCAAUUACCAAGUAUCGUCUCGAUAUAACUUAUUAUAACUUAUUACUUUAAACUCACUGUUCUAUAGUUAUACAGUUUUGUUUCUCUGUUCAUUCAAAACCCAUCCACCAAUUUUGGUUGAGGCAUAUGAUAAAUUUCUUAUACUUAAUAACUAUAAGUAUGCAGACUAAGUCCUAUAGACUCAAAAUUGUACUGUAAUCUCAUGAAAUAAAGAAGAUUGUUUUGCAUGAGACUAAAAUUAAAUUAUUAUUUUUUUUACCAUUGAAAAUUCUUUGCAUUGAUAUAUAGCUGUAUAAAUUGACUCACAUUUUAUGGAAACUGGGGAUCUGUAUUUGAAUCUAAAUUGUCAAUUUAUUUUUACUAAAUUACAUAACAAACUUAUAUAUUUAUUUAAAAAUAAAAAAUCGACAUAAAAUGAUUAUAUUUAUCAAAUUAAGAUAAUGAUUAAUAAUUGUCAUAAAUUAAAAUUUUGUGCUGGUAAAUAGUUGGCUUUUGACCAUGGUGUUGUCGAAUGUACUAAAAUUAAAAAAUACACCUUAUUAAGUCAAACAGAAAAUUGGUUAAAGACAGAAAUUGAAAUUUUCCAUAGUAAUUGUAUGUAUUUAUAUUAAAUAUUAUACUAUUUGUAAUAUAUUUUUUAGUACUAAAAUAAAAUAUUGCUAUUAUUAUAAUAGUAUGGUUUUAUUGUCUGGACUUUGAUAGUAAUUACUUAUUGAACCUUGUUCUACAGCAGACUGAAUGCACAAAUUCUUUCCAAAAUUAUGCUAAAUAAUAAAACAACAAAAUCAUAACAAUUCUCCCAAACUAGGUCAGUUCUGUAAAGAAUUUCUGCAUAUAAUGGUGCAAAAAUUGUUUUUUAAAUUUAAGUUACUUAAAAUAUUCUUAUUUUAAAGUUUUUGCGUACAGUUUAUUUGACACUACCAAAGUUAUUAUUAGUUAUGGUAAUAUAAUUUGGGGAAAUGUAUUUAAGCUAGCUCUAAAUCCUAUUAUUAUCACUUUAAACUCCUUGAGAUUUAUUCUUUGAAAGUUGUAUGAUUAGAUUCAAUUGAUCUUUAUAGAACUUUUAAUAUAAGAAAUAUUUAUUUAAUGAACUCAAUUAUAUUUAUAACUUAGACUUAAAAAAUUAUUCUCUCAGGGGUUUCCAACCUACAGCCCAUGUGUUGGUUCCGGCCCAUCAAGCUUUUCAAACCAGCUGGCAAGUUUACUGAUGUUUCACAAUAUUAUUUAUUUAUUAAUUUUACUUACUACUAACAGAAAAAUAAUAAAAUUAUAGUAAUAAAAUAAAUGGUUUUUCAUUAGUUGUUCCUAAUAACUAGAAAUUACAAAAAUCCUGUCGUUAUUGUUAUUAGUAGAUUAGGUUAUGUCAUUAUUGUUUUUAUGGUAGCAAACAUUAAUCGUAAAUUAUUUUAUCUACAUCGAAGCUUUUAAAUUUAAAUUAGCUUUAACCACAAAACAAUUAAUAGAAAAAAGAUGUACUAGGAUAAUGGGGCGGUUACAACCACUGUUAUAGGUAAUUUAAUAUGUACCUAAAACUAAAAAAACGAUUCUGAGUGACAUUCAGUUGACAAUACAUAUCAUUUUAUAGUAAAAUAAUUAAAUAGGCUUUAUAUAUUUUCUUUAAUAAUAUUUGUUUUAUGCUUUAGGUACUGAUUUUCCCAGUUUUUUAUUUUCGGUUUUUCAAACCCAUGUUAUUGAUUGGAACCAAAAAGUUUGGUAAAACUAUCAAGACAUUUUAAAAGAUAAUCAAUUUCAUACUUCUCAUCAAAAAACUUAUCAAAAUACAUUUUAAAAUUUUUGAGUUAUAAAAAUAAAAAUAAAAUAUAAAUUUUUUUCUAAAAUCUAAAUAAAUCUUAUCUAUUUUUUUAAUUUCAUUACCUAUCUGCAACUCUUAUAAAUGUUAGCUCAAAGCGUAUUUCAAAUUUGGCCCAUUGUAAAAAAAAAAGGUUGGAGAGGGCUGUUCAUGCUUAUCAUACAUGUCAUAAUCAAAGUUGAUUUGAAUAUACUAAUAACUUAUAAAGAUUUGGGUAGGAAAACUAUUGUAAAUGUCUGUGUAUUAUUUGUGUAAGCUUAAUAUUAAUUUGAAAUUUUGUUACAUCAAAUAUAACUUUUUUAAAUCAAAUUACUUUGUAAUUUUUUUUCUUAUGCUAUUUAAUAUGUAAAUUUUCAUUUUUUGUCCUAGUCUUAAAAUUAAUGUUGCAAUAGGUUAUUUGGGGUGGGUGCUGCCAUAAGCUACAUUUUUAGGGCCGUGUAAAAAGUUUUAAUUUCUGUUUUUUGACAAUAAAUUAUUAUUAUAUUAUUUAAAACUUAGUUUAAUUUUUAACUUGCUUCCAUUUGAUGUUAAUUGUAUUUCACUUGAUUGAAUUUUUUAGAAAAAUCUGAUAUAGUCUGAUUUUACUUAUUAUUUUUUUAUUUUAUUGUAUUUUAGGUUUCAUGAUUUUUAAAUGAAGUUAAAAAAAAAUGUAUUUAUAUGUGAUCAAAGUGAACUUUGCCAGCUGUGUAUCAGUGUAUGUCAAACCAAGGAUAGAGAAGGAUAUGUCUCCUGUAUAUAAAUUAAAAAAUCCAGCUUUUUCUUCAAUAUAUUUAUAAUAAUUUAUGUAUAUAUAAUUAAUAGGUUUUAAUAUUUCUUAUUUAUUUAGAAAAAAAAAGUAUUUUAAAUAAUGCCUAAUUGUUGAAAAACGACAGAAUCAUUUGAUUACCACGAAAAAAUUGUAUUAUAUAAUAUUAAACUUAGAAAUCUGUCAUAUAUAUAUUUAUUUUUUAUUUUUAUUUUUGCAGUGUUAUUGACUGUUUUUUCAUAUUUGGAUGACUUUAGUCUUUGGUGCGUGAGUAAGGUAUGUACUCGUUGGGAACAAUUGUUACGUUCCCAUAUUCCGCAAACAACAUGGCGUAGAUUGGCAGUUAAGUGUUGGCCUCUUUUUGAACCAUACAAAACUUUUUUUGAUUGGUACUACAUCAGUUCAUCAAUGUGUGUAUAUCAAUAAUUAUUAAAAAUCAAUAGUUGGAAGAAAAUAUUUGUUUUAAAUAUAAUAAUAUUAUAGGAUUAGUAGUUCCUCGUGUAUAUCAUGCGUACGACGAAUGUUUAACCAUCCUCAUCCUAAAUGUCAAGAAAAUGUAUGGAGAAGAAGACGUUUACGACAUGAAGUAAAAAGUUAGUGGUGCCAAUUGAUGAAAAAUAAAAUUACUAUCUUUUAUAUUAUAUAUUAAUAAAAUAAUUAAUAUGGUUGUUUUUAAUAAGAUUUGAGGUUUGAUCCACCUGAAGGUAUAAGAGCGAUAUUUUUGGAUAGUCUUUGGUGUCAUUUGCAAGCUACAAUUAUAGGACCUGCUGGUAGUCCUUUUGAAGGAGGAAAAUUUUUUCUAUACAUACAAAUACCGUACAGGUAAGCUAUACUUGUUUACUUAUUUAUAAUUUUUUUUUUUUUUAUCAAAUAAUUUAUUUUGUUUUAGCUACCCAAUGACUCCUCCAGUUGUCAGAUUUUUAACCAAAAUAUUUCAUCCUAAUGUAUCUCGUCAUGGAGAUAUUGGUUUAGAUUCACUUCAUUCUAAUUGGAGUCUAGCAUUGACCAUUGCCAAGGUAUUGAUUUCCAUACAGUCAUUAUUAACUGAUCCGUUUUGUGAUGUAUGCAUGGAGCCUGAUAUUGCACGUCUCUAUAACAAUGACAGAAAAACAUAUAAUACUAUUGCCAGAUAUUGGACUCAUCGAUAUGCUAUGAAUGAUGUAUUACACUGGUCUAAUUAAAUCAUGUAUUUUCUUUAUUUGUUUAAUUUAUCACAAUAUUGAUCUGUUAAUACAUAAUGACUAUCAUAAUGUAUUCAGUUUUUCAAUAAACAAUAUAAGUAAAAUUACUAGAAUAGUUAAUAUAGUAGUUUCAAAUAUAAAAACAAUAUUAAAAUGUAAAAAGUAAGAAUUCUAAUAUUUUAUUAAUAUUAUUGUUAGAGGUAUUGUAAUCAAAUAAAACAAAUAGUUUUAUUAACGCUUUAAUAAACACUAUUAAAUAUAAUUAAGUAUUUAAGUAUAAAUUAUUAUUAUAAAUUAAAAUGUAUAAUAUUCUUAUUAUACAAAUUAAUAUGGAAGUUAUAACUAAGUUGUAAAUAGUACGACUGUAGAUAGUAUUAUUUAUACUGGAUAGCAAUGUAUAACAUUGUGUUGACCAGUUUACGAGUUAAAGUAUUAUGAAUUCAUUGGGAGCGAGGAAUGAAUUUUUGGGGAGAACUUUUACAAAUUUUCUUGCAACUAUACUAUCUAUAGCCUAAGUAUGAGGUGGUUAUAGUUUCUUAUAUCAGCAUGAAAAAUUAAAUUAUGAAUAAAACAAAUAGUAUUAGUUUUUAAAUAUAUUUAUUUUAUUUCUAUAAUUAAGUAGAAAAAAUAUUUAAUUUUACAACUUUUAAAAGCCUAUAAUAUUAGGCUUAUGUAUAAGCCUAACAUAUAUGUAUAAGGCAAUAUAACAAAAUAACAAUAACUUACAAAAAAUGUACAUGGGGCAAAUAAUUUAAACAAUAGAAAAAAUGGAAUAAAAUUGUAUUACAAUGUUUACUUUACUUAAGUUAAAAAUUGUGUGUUUACCUAAGUAAUUUACAUUUUUAAUAAUUUUGUAUUGGUUUUCAAAUACCCUUAUAAUAGUUAUAACAAAUUUAUUUUUUCUAAUUAAUGAAUUUAAAUUUGUUGGCCAGACAUUUUAAUGUAAAUAAUAAUAAAAAGACUUAGAGAAAUAAUGUUUUUUUUAAUAAGAAUUGUAAAUUUUAACUUUUUUUUAUUAAGUAUACAAAACAUAACAAGAGUAACCUAUGAUUAUUUGAACAUAACAUUCAUGGAAAUCAAUACUUCUUUGUAAUCCUUUAGGGCUUUGAUGAUAGAAAGGCAGAAUCCCUUAGAAAGUGGCAACAAUGGAUAACCAGGAACAUUUUUUUCAUCUAAAAAAGAAAUAUUACAAAUAUAUUUUACUCAAUUCAUUUUUCAUUCAUAUGUAUUAAAAUUAGAUGUGAAUGGGUAAAACAUAUAUUACUGGCAUAGGUUAAAACCAUGAAUACUAGAGUAUUUUAGUAUUUAUGGUUAAAACUUACAUUAAAAACCAUUUGUAAUAUACAAUUGUAUGGAAUAAUACCUUCAGUUAAUUCAUUUUCAGAAAUUUUAAUCCAAUUUUCAAUUGUACUGAUUAAUCUAAAAAUUAAAAAUAUUUUUAUAUGAUAGACACUAUAUAUUUAUAUAGUAAAAUACACAAAAUACUUACUUUGGACCAUGAAAUUUUACAUGUUCCAGUAUUUCUUCUUUAAAAUAUCCUGAACUUGCUUCAUCCCUAAAUAAUAUUGUAUAUUAAACAAAUAUAUAAAU